AAAAUGAUAAUAAUAGAAAUUAAAAAAAAUAAGAUUGAUGGUAGUGGUGAAGAUGGUCGGUGGGGAUGAAUCUAUCGCACCGUGUCGGUUCGAGAUUACACACGGCGACGGCGAGGCUCGACGCUUCGUCUUCCGUUAAUAAUAAUUCCUCCGCCGUAAUGUCUCCGGGAUCAUCAUCAUCAUCAAUCCCGGUGCGCCGAGCUGCUCUUUUCCUAGCUGCCAUCUCCAUCUCUUGCUUCGUUCUUUACAGAGCCGUUGAUUCCUUGUCUUUCUCCCCUCGCCUUUUCAAUUUCUCUGCUUAUCUGCGUGAUGAUGAGGAACCACCAAAGCUAGAAGAUGUGCUGCGUAAAGCUGCGACUAUAGACAGGACUGUGGUUUUGACAACUUUGAAUGCAGCUUGGGCAGCUCCAGUAUCUGUUCUUGAUCUCUUCUUCGAGAGUUUUAGAAUAGGGGAAGAAACUAGCCAAAUCUUGAAUCAUUUGGUGAUUGUUGCUUUGGAUGCUGAGGCGUAUUCCCGUUGCUUAGAACUCCAUCAGCAUUGUUUCAGUCUUGUUACUGAAGGUGUUGAUUUUUCUCAAGAAGCUUACUUUAUGACUCGGUCUUACUUGAAAAUGAUGUGGAGAAGGAUUGAUCUCCUACGUUCUGUUCUUGAAUUGGGUUAUAAUUUCGUUUUCACGGAUGCUGAUGUGAUGUGGUUCAGGAACCCGUUUCCAAGGUUUUACAUGUAUGCGGAUUUCCAAAUUGCAUGUGAUCAUUACCUCGGAAGAUCGAACGACCUACAAAACAGACCAAAUGGAGGAUUUAACUUUGUAAGGUCUAACAAUCGAACUAUACUGUUCUACAAAUACUGGUAUGCUUCAAGACUCAGAUUCCCCGGAUAUCACGAUCAGGAUGUUCUUAACUUUCUCAAGACAGAACCUUUUGUUUUCCGCAUUGGGUUAAAGAUGAGAUUCCUCAACACUGCUUAUUUUGGCGGUCUUUGUGAGCCUAGCAGAGAUUUGAACUUAGUUCGUACAAUGCACGCAAAUUGCUGCUACGGUAUGGAAAGUAAGCUUCAUGAUCUCAGAAUCAUGCUUCAAGAUUGGAAAGAUUUCAUGUCUUUACCACUUCAUCUAAAACAGUCCUCUGGUUUCUCCUGGAAAGUCCCUCAAAAUUGCAGUCUUGAUUCUCUUCGACGCUACGAUGAAUCUGUGGAUGAUGAAGAGAGUGAUCCACCAGGAGAAUCUCAAGAAUGAAAUGUAUUGAGACUUUUUUUUUGUACAUGAUUGUUGAGAAUCUUUCUAGAAAGUAAGAAGAAAUAUAUAAAUUUUGUAGCGAAAACACAAACUCACGGCACAAAUUUGCAAUUUGGUGAUAAUUUUGAAAUCUCAAUGGAAAUUAA